AUGAAGCUGUGUCUUCUUCUUCUCUUGCUCUGUCUCUGCUGUCUGGGACUGACUGAGGAGCCCACGCCAGGAGCUCCUGAUGUCUCUGAUCCUGUAGAUGAAGACGAGACGAAGGGGGUCCACAGCUGUGGAGGAAGGCGGGUGUUUAGUCCUGAGGAACACAGGGCAAUAGGGGGUGCCAUAGAGCGACUGGGUUUACAGCUCCUGGAAGAGCUUCCUAUUGGUCCGCAACAGCCGAACAUCGUGCUGUCACCUCUCAGCCUGGCCUUUGCCCUCGCUCAGCUGACCUUAGGUGCUCGCCACGAGACAGAGAAACUGCUGCUGAAGAGCCUUCACGCCCACAGUCUGCCGUGUUACCACCAUAUACUGGGAGGCCUGCUACCUCACUUCAGAAACACAUCGCUGGAGGUGGCAACACGCAUGUACCUUAGGCCAGGAUUUGAAGUGAAGUUGUCUUUUGUUGAAGAGUCUCUGGCCAGGUACCAGUCACAGCCCAUCCCUCUGGUCUCUGUGGAGGGGGUCAACCAAUGGGUGGAGGAUGCCACCAAUGGUCACAUCCCCAACUUCCUGGAAAGUAUACCACAUGACGUGGUGCUUAUGCUCAUGAACGCUGUGUACUUCAAAGGUGAAUGGCAGACACGAUUCGACCCAUUAGUGACUUCCAAAGGAGUUUUCUACCUGGACAACCAGAACUCCGUGUCGGUGGACAUGAUGAAGUCUGCCCAGUACCCUCUCCGCCUGCUGGACGAUCCAGAACUGGAAGCACAGGUUGCCAGUUUUCCCUUCAAGAGAAACACCAGCUUCUUAAUCGUCAUGCCCCUCCUGGGAAGAGGAAACGUGUCAUCGGUGCUUCCCAAACUGAACAUCUCCGACCUUUACAGACGUCUACCUCAGGAGAAAACAAUGCAGGUCAACUUACCCAAAGUGAAGCUGCAGUACCGCCAGGAGCUCCAGGAAGCGCUGACCAGCAUGGGCCUCGGCUCUCUGUUUUCAGGUCCUGACCUUUCUGGCAUUUCCGACCACCCUUUGAGGGUGACGGGUGUCCGCCACGCCAGCACCAUUGAACUUAACGAGGAAGGCGCGGAGGCGUCUGCCACCACUGCUGUUACCUCCAUGCGCUCCGUCUCCCUCUUCUCCGUCAACUCCCCCUUCCUCUUCGCCCUUGUUGACGAUGCCUCCCUAGCCCCCCUCUUCAUGGGCAUCGUCACAAACCCCGCCCCCAACGACCCCAUGCUUAAUGAUGAUCCCCACAGCAACAGCACCAUGGGUGACCAACCUGUGAUGGAGGAUGUCAGGAAAAGAGACAUGAAUAUAAAACACAGCAACAGGUCAUGCAGCGAGACAGAGCCAGCAGAGGGCAGCAGCAUACGGUCCUGUAGCGCCCCCGCUGGUGGGAGGGGGCAGCUGCAGCAUGUGAAUGAACUGGAGGGCAGCGACAGGAAGAAGAAAUAACAACGAGAUGUUGUUUGCUCCAACCCAGAUAACUCUGUACCUGCCUGGAGUUUCAACUCUUUUGUAAACAUGCUUCAUGGCUUUCUUGCCCAGAGUUAGAUCAGAAAAUUGAUACCACUCUCAUGUGUGUCAGGUAAAUAUGAAGCUGCAGCCAGAAACUUAGCUUAGCGUAGCAUAAAGACUGGAAACUGGAAAACAGCUAGCCUGGCUCUGCCUUCCAGCACGUCUAAAAAAUUAACACUAUGUAUCUGGUUUGUUUAACGUAUAAAAACAAAAGUGUGUUUUUAUGUGGGGGACUAUUUUUUGUCGGGGCGCAGCAGCUACCUGGAGACAGACAUGACAGUGGUAUCGAUCUUCGCAUAUAAUUCUCUGCAAGAAAGCAAAUAAGUAUAUUUUCCAAAUUGUCAAACUGUUCCUUCAUACUAGAUUCAGAUGCAGCAGAGGACAAACACGUUGGUCUUGUGCUGCUCAAAAGGCUUUGGGAUUCAGCAUGGAAAAAUAUGCUUUUGCACUGCAAUCAUAGUGAUCAGCACUGAGUUUUACGAGCAGUCAACAGCCGAUUAAUGCGUUUGUAAUCUCACUUCACAAGUUUCCAGACUCAUUAAAUUUUAUCAAACUUGUCAGGGACAAAAAUGACAAGCGUGCAAUGUGUACACUUAUUAGACCUGGCAAUGCAUUUCAAG